UGCACUCAGACAACAGAGCAUUCAUUGACAGAUCAAUCACAUUGAAGUGUUAGACAGUAGCCCUGAAAAACCUGUUGCUGCACGUGGAACCCAGAUACAAUAUCAGGGUCCUGGUUCAACCAUUUGUUCACAUCACAAUCUGCAGCCAGAGCUUUAUUGGAUGCAAUGGAGCAAAAUGCGAAAAAGGUAACCAGUCCUUCCAAGGGUUUAUUGCAAAGUGAAGAUUUGUAUCAGUAUAUCCUGGAGACUAGUGUGUACCCACGAGAACCAGAUUUUCUCAAGGAGCUAAGGCAUGUCACUGCUAGUCAUCCAAGGGCUAGGAUGGCUACUGCACCAGAUGCAGGUCAGCUGAUGGCCUUGUUGUUGAAGCUAGCAAAUGCGAAAAAGACAAUUGAACUUGGAGUCUUUACAGGAUACUCUCUUCUCCUCACUGCUCUUACAAUUCCUGAGGAUGGAAAGAUUAUAGCUAUAGAUGUAAAUCGGGAGACAUUUGAGAUUGGGUUGCCAGUAAUUAAGAAAGCUGGUGUUGCCGACAAAAUUGAUUUCAUUGAGUCUGAGGCUUUACCAGUUCUUGAUCAGCUAUUACAAAAUCCUGAAAAUGAAGGGAGUUUCGACUUUGCUUUUAUCGAUGCUGACAGUGUGAAUUAUUGGAACUACCAUGAGAGGCUGAUGAAACUGUUAAAGAUCUGGAAACAGGAGAGGGAGUUGGCAAUUGAGCUUAACAAAUCAUUUGCAGCUGAUCCUCGCAUCCAAAUUUCGCAUGCUUCAUUGGGUGAUGGUAUCACAAUCUGCAGGCGUAUCUACUGAAUGAUUUCUUCAGACUUCUCUGCAUUUUUCUUGCCUUAUGAGUUUGAAUGUUAUAAUUGAACCUUAACUACCUCGCUUAGAUUAGUACUCCUUUAGAUAUUAGUUCUCAUAUAAAGAAAAGUGUGUGGUUUUAGAAACAUCAGAAGCUGGGGUUGCUAAAAGAACAGAUGGCUUCAUUCAGGUCUUCCUUGUGGACCAAAAAGAACUGUUGGCAUUUUCUGUUUUUAGCUGCUAUUAUCAGAAAACAGUAUAUUUUCCAUUGUGAGCUGAAAUCAUCUUCAACAAACGACUCUCUCUCUCUCU